UUUUUGUAUAACAUUUUGAUUUACGUCCAUAUUGACAUUUGUUUAUGAUGGAUUAAUUAACAUUGUUUAAAGUGUACUGACAACUUGAAAGCCAUUUUUUUAUUGUAGUUUUAUUUGUAAAAAAAAAAAAGAAAAAGCUGGAAGACCAUUGUGCGGGGAAUGAGGGGAGACCGUGUUGAUGUCUGACCGUGCUGCUGUUUGUAUCUAACUGCCCCUCCUGCUAUUUGCAGGUGUGUGUCUUUAAUAAAAGUGCAGAUCCUGAUCCCUGCUGUAACAUCAUUCGUCAGCAACCAUUCAAGAGCCGCUACAUAAACUGGUGCCGUGACCCGGAUUCAUUGGUCAGCCGCUGCCGAUCUCCGAGGGCUCAGCUGUGUGCUUGUGACGUCUGGGAUGCCAAGUUGGUCGACCUGUGGAUCCUAGGCUAUUGAAGUGAUUGCUGACAUUCCGUACAGAUGUAUAUGUUUAAUAUCAUUAUUCAAGAGGACAUAUAAGUGGUGUAAUAAGUUUCUGUGAGAUCUGUAUUACUGUUUCAAUUUAAUUUAAUUUAAACACUGCCACCUGUGUUGUAUGCAAAAUGGCAGGUAGAGGUCACAAUACUUUCAAUGUUUUCACACCGGUUAUGGCAAGAGGGAGGGUUUUGUUCAACCCAGACAGUUUAAUCCAGGUUAGGGGUCCAGUGACAAAUAGUGGUGGACUAUUAGAAUCAGAUGACGUUCCCCCACUUGAACCCCAGUUCUCUACCCCCGUUGCAAACAAUGAAAGCACCAUUCAGCAGUUACGUGAUCUCAUUGGUGAGUUAGGGGACCAGAUAGGUGAAUCAGUAGCCAGUCGCCUGUUAGCAAGUCAGUCCCAGCUCACCUCAGAAAAGCCUUCUGUGACUAAACCAGUUAAAGUUGAGGCAUCAGAUGCAACAGUUGACUUUUCUAAAAUGAGUCUAGUAGUGAGACCUGACAUUAAAGAGCCUCCUAUGUAUCGUGGAGAUGGAGAUGACAAGUGUUCAGUCCAGGAGUGGAUUGAAAUGAUGGAGCUGUACUUGCAAAAGAAAGGUUCAUCAGCCGAGGAGCAGAGGGACGAGGUUCUGGGACAUCUUCUUGGCAGGGCCAAAAGUAUUGUCAAAAUUGGACUAAAGAGCUGCCCAUCAGUCAACCCUGAAGUGAUUUAUGGCAUAUUGAGACGCUAUUUUAGCGAGACACCUGGAUCUUGUUUACCACUGGCCGACUUUUAUGCCACUCAACCAAUAACAAAUGAGUCACCAGUAGACUACUGGGUAAGGCUUAAUGCAGCCGCUGAUGUAGCCGACAGACACUUGGAAAAUCGAGGAAACAGAAUGAGUCAAAUGGAUGCUGAGGUGGCCAUGAUGUUUAUCAGAAACUGCCCGGACCCCAACCUUGCUUGUGUGUUUAAGUGCAAACCCAUAAGUAAGUGGACUCUUACCGAGGUGCAGGAAGCUAUUGAUGAGCAUCAAAGAGAACACCGGGUCAAAAAACCGGCAGCAAACACAGCUAAACCAAGGGUUCUCCAGAUGGCGACUGCUGUACCAGUAAUCACUUCUCCAGAACCUGAGAUUGAUCAAGUCCAUGUAAAUACAGCCAAAACCUCUGCAGCCAGUCCACCCCUGUCAAAUGAUGCAACCGCUUCAGAACCAAACGCUCUGGAACGUGUGCUAAGCAUGUUGGAGAGAGUGUUGGAACGCACCAACCAGCCUGUUCAUUCCUCGAACCCUCAUCAUCUCAGUCCAGCUCGUUUCACCCCUUGCCAAGUCUGUGAUGGAGGGGCGACACCAUACCAGAUUCCAUUGGGACUGUCAAACUGACCCAGGCAGUAACUCUUCUUCCA